AUGUCGAAUGAAGAUUUAAUCAAUUUCGUUUUGAAUUCUCCACCAUGCAAUAAAUCGCAUAGUGAAGAUGAUGAAAAUGGACAUCAUGCACCAUAUAAACUCAUGUUUCUAUUCUUUAUUUUAUUCAUUGGUUGUCUCUUCAAAACAAUGUUUGCUCCAUUGCGUAUUCCCUACACAGGACUUAUUUUACUUCUUGGCUUUAUUGGUGGUAUACUUUUCAAUACUUUUAGCACUGACGAGACAUUUCUUCGUAUCACAACUGAAUCACCGGAUUUACUCGUGGCAAUCUUUCUUCCAACAUUAGUUUUCGAAUUAGCUUAUCGCAUUGAAUAUCAUGCAUUUAUGAAAUCAUUCUAUUCGAUUCUAAUCAUUUCAACUAUUGCUUAUUUCGUAUCAAUAUUCUGUAUUUCUCUUAUGAAUAGAUAUCUCUUCUUCUUCCAACACUGGACUUUUCUACAAUGUUUAAUCUUAGGCAUUAUUGUCAGCGCAACGCGACCAGUCACGCUUAUGCGUCAAAUAGACUAUGGUAAAACAAAACGAUUAAAUAUAUUUCUCGAAGGUGAAGCUAUGAUUAAUAACAAUUUAGCAAUAAUUAUGUUUACUGGAAUGAAAAGUUUCGUUGUUAACGAUGAACUUUGGGAUGCAAUGAAAUUUUUCAAAACUAUCUCAAUAGCCUUGAUUGGAGGUAUUGGGCUUGGUGGUAUCGCUGGAUUCUUACAAAUUCUUGGUUUACCUUACUUCUAUGAUGAUCCAAUCAGUGAAGUAACGAUUACUAUCGCAGUACCUUAUAUGCUCUAUUGGCUAUGCGAACAAAUGAAUUGUUCUGGAGUGGUUGCCAUUGCUAUUCUUGGUCUUUUGUUAUCAAAUUAUAAGACAGCAAUUAGUUCCGAAGCGACAAUCUUCAUGGAAAAACUUUGGGACAUGCUAACAUUGAUUGCCAACACAGUUAUAUAUCUACUAACUGCGCUGACUGUCGCAGAAUUGAUCAAACCCAGUGUACAAAUUUCAUUCGAACCCAAUACGAUCUUCCUUGAAAUAGGACUUGCUGCGAUCAACUACUUAUUCUGUUAUUUGAUCAGAUUUGGAAUUCUGACGGUUUUAACAUUGUCUACAAAAUUCUGUACAGUGUAUCAUUUUUCAUGGAAGGAAGGUUUAUUAGUGACGAUGGGUGGUUUCAAAGGAUCGAUAUGUUUGUUACUUUCAUUGGCAUUUGCAAGUGAAUUAAAACUUGUUCAUCGUCAUCAGUCUGCAUCGAAAUUCAAAUAUGAAAUUUUACUUCACACGACAAUCGUUGUCUUUCUUUCCAGCUGCAUCAAUUCCACUUAUUCAUUUCUAUUGAAAAUCUUAGAUUUUACAUCAAUAUCUCCGACGAAGUAUCUUUAUAUGACACAAUGUGUUGAGUCGUUGCGAAGUCUUGUACACGAUAAAAUGCGAUGGUUAAAACAAAAUAAGUACUUAGCGAACGCUGAUUGGAUAUUCAUCGAAACGAAUUUCCGAAUUGAAAACCCGCAUACACCUUCGAAUGAAAAUACACACGCAGUUAUUCAUCCUCAGACAACGGCAAUUGAAUUUAAUCGAACUGAAUACGAGGAUCUAUUCGAAGAAGCAAGAAUUCGUAUUAUCAAUAUUCAAAAAACAAGCUUUUGGAGACAAUAUCGUGAUUAUGAAAUUUCCACUGAAAGUGUUCGCAUUCUUUCGUCAUUGAGUGACUUUGCAAUGGAUAGGAAAGGAGAAUACAUUAGUGUUGAUCAGUUAAAAUAUUAUUACGAACCACGAACACUUGACUUUGUAUGGAAAUAUUUGGGAAGACUAGUGAAGAAAAUACACAUGCAAAUUGAUGAUGAUUGGAGAAAAUAUCAAAAGAUUCCUGAAGAUAAAUGGCGUUUACUCUGCUUUACUAUUGUCAAUCAUCGACGAUUCUUUUGGUUCAUCAUAUGUGUCAUACUUCUAAAUGUUGUAUUAGCAAUCAUUCGUAUUGCUUUGAAUGUAUCCAAUGAAGUUCAUUUUAUUUUAACGAUCAUUCAAAGUGUUUUUGUUGUUAUUUAUCUAUUCGAAUCGAUAGUAAAAAUGUAUACAUUUGGUAUACGAGCUUACUUUCGUACAUGGAUUGAUUAUCGAAUUGAAUUAAUUCUGCUAAUAUUCGCUGCGGGAGAAUGUAUUUUCGAAUAUUAUCAUUCAGCAAAUUCGAUUUUCAUUUCUCGUCGAACUUGGUCGAUUCUUCAAAUAUUAAUUCUGAUUCAAAUCUUUCGUUUUAGUCGACUAUUUCAAUCUGUAAUCGCUUAUUUGAAUACUCUUCUCGAACGACUAGCGAAUCGUUACGUGACACGUUCGUUGGAAUUAUGUCGAGCAUACAUUACCAGUGAAGAUGAUGUUCUUUCGAAACUACGCCGAAUUAUCGAAAUCGAUCAAAUCCGAGAACAGUUUCAUCAGGAAUCCAUUCGACGACGCGAUGAAAUAAUCACGGAAUUAACUUUCAUUCAACGUGAAUAUCCAAAUGUAUCUGCAAGCGUUAAGACAAAUGCAACGAUUCAAAAACUACUGAAUUACUCUAAAAACAUGAUUCAUCACAUGACAAGCAAAGGAUUACUUGGAGAAAAUGAAGCACAUCGAUUGACUGAAAAUAUCAACCAACGAUUACAUACGAAUCUUGUACCGCCAGUUUUAUCCUUUCCUAUUCCAUUGAAUUUUUUAUACGUAUUUCCAUGGCUUCAUGACCCUGAUGUACUCGAAUACAUCUUAAGUCGUCUACAUGUUCAGUUAUUCUCUUUAAAUGAGUACAUUUACAAAGUGAAUAACGAUGCCCAAGCGAUAUAUUUCAUCACGGCCGGAUAUGUCGAAACGGUUCGAAGUACAUCGAAGUCACAUAAUGUUCUCUCAACUGAAAAGAAUGUUUCGUUUCCACAAAAAUUUCAAAGUGCGAAUGAUCAAGUUUUCGAAAGAAAAUCAUUCGGUAAUGAAGAUUUAUUUCAAUGGUCAGACGAUGAAUCAAAUACAAAAGAUCGAAGCAUUUUUGCUCAUCUCAAUAUUGAUGAUUCAAUACUCAAUUUAUUUCCAGAAAAAGACUCAACUCUUGUACAUCGUAUGUUGCAUGCGCCAGGUGAUAUUCUUGGUCAAAUCGAUCUGCUUAAUGGACAAAAAUAUACAGAAACAUGUAAAUGUGUCACCAAUACUCUUAUUUGGUAUUUAAAGUCGAAUGAUCUCUUCGAUCUCAUCGAACGUUUUCGUCACUUACGAAUCUUAGAAAAACUAUGGCAUUACACCGCCUUACAAUUAGCAGAAGCGACUCUUUUCGAAUAUUUGAAUACCAUACCAUACAAUACAACAGAACAAGAAUACAUUCAUAUUUAUGGCCAUUUAAAACGAGCUUUUCUCAUACCUGAAUCAUAUUUACUCGAACAUGAAAUUAUCUAUUCAUCUCAUGAACUUAUUCUUAUUCAGGGUCAACUACAAAACAUUGUUUCAUCACUGAUCUACACAGCACCUUGUUUUAUUCAGAUCGAAUUUGGUCAAUGUGGUUUAAAGCCUCUCAAUAUCUCCGAAGCUAAAAUACUCGUUCUUAGAAGUCCUCAUCCAGCACAACACGAUGAAUUUCUUCAAGCAAAUGACCUACCAGAUCUAUUCACACAUGUUAUCUAUGAUGAUAAAUUAAACAUUUUUCUUCCACGUAUUGAUUCCAAUUAUAAACAUGUUAUUCCGACCUCGAAUACAGAUGGAUCAAGUUCUGAGAUGUCGAAGAAAACAUUACUUGGCCGAUUUUUAGAAAGUUUACCGAAAUUUCAACGACGGGCAAUGAAUUCAUAA